AUGCUGGCAUGGCAGGACGGCGGGGCCAAGGCGGCUCCCUCCCAUCACAAGAUCUCCUUCUCCGUGCUGGACAUCCUGGACCCACAGAAAUUCACACGCGCCGCGCUCCCGGCCCUGCGCCCCGCUCCCCGGGAAGCCAAGAAAAGUUUGGCAGAGGCCGAAGUGGGGAAGGACGCCAGCUCGGGGGACCAGGCCGGCCUUCGGGAGACCCCUGACACUGCGGGCCGAGGCGCGGAGGCGGCAUCCCCUCUGGAGGGCUCCGAGGCAGAGGCGGCGGCGGCGGAGGAGGAGGAGGACUCCGAGGAUGCGGGAAGGCGGCGGGAGCGGGCUGCGAGCUCGCAGGCGGGCCCGCCGCGCUCCCCCGAGGCCCGGACGGCAGGGUCGGCGGCGGGGGAGCGCGGCGCGGGCAGCCUCGAGGGCUCCCCGGGCUCGCCGGACUCCCCGCGGCCCCGGCGCCGACGCCCCGAGCCCAGCGGCGCCAAGCCCAGGCGCGCGCGCACCGCCUUCACCUACGAGCAGCUGGUGGCCUUGGAGAACAAGUUCCGGGCCACGCGCUACUUGUCAGUGUGCGAGCGCCUGAACCUCGCGCUGUCGCUCAGCCUCACUGAGACACAGGUCAAAAUUUGGUUCCAGAACCGCAGGACCAAGUGGAAGAAGCAGAACCCCGGCGCCGACGGCGCGGCGCAGGUGGGGGGCGGCGCACCCCAGCCCGGGGCUCCCGGGACUGCGGCGGCAAGCGGCGGCACGGGGGGCAGCCCGGGUCCCCCAGGCCCAGGCGCGCUGCCCUUCCAGACUUUUCCCUCCUACUCAGCGGCCAACGUCCUCUUCCCGGCCGCUGCCUCCUUCCCGCUGACCGCCGUCGCCGCAGCCGGGGGCCCCUUUGCGCCCUUCCUUGGGCCCUCCUACCUGACCCCUUUCUAUGCCCCUCAUCUAUGA